AAUGCUAGAGGAGAAAGAGAAUGUUCGAGACUUUGUGUAACUGAAUGCGAGAUAUAAAAGCGGUGAUCUCGUUCCAGUUAUCACCAGCAACAGCGCUGCAGUCAGUCAGGAACGAUAUCACCAUGAAGACGCUAAUCGUGGUCUUCCUUGUCGCGGGCAUAGCAAUUGCCGAUGAGAAGGCGGCAAGACACGAGAAGAGGGGGAUAGAGGAGCUGGGGUACGGCGGUUACGAGGGUGGUUUCAGCUUCGGGGGUGGCCCCGGCAUCAGUGAGAACCACGAACACGUCAAGACCAUCAUCAUCACCAAGGAAAUCAAAGUGCCGGUCCCGCAGCCAUACCCUGUCGAGGUCAUCAAGAAGGUCCCGUAUCCUGUGAAGGUCCCUGUGGAGGUCAAAGUUGAGAAGCCCUACCCUGUCGAGGUUCCCAAGCCUUACCCCGUGUACGUGGAGAAGAAGGUCCCUUACCCUGUGGAGAAGAGGGUCCCUUACCCUGUGAAUGUCCCUGUGAAGGUGCCGUACCCAGUCCCUCACCCUGUCCAUGUCCCUAAGCCGUACCCUGUUCACGUGACUAAACCAGUCCCUGUCCCUCACCCAGUUUAUAUCGAGAGGAAAAUCCCGGUUUACCUCAAGAACCAUGACGAUAGCUACGUGGGACUUGAGGGUCUCGGCUUCGAAUCAAGUCACAGUAACUAUGGUUACAUCGGUGACUCAUAUUAGAUCCAUUGAUAAGAAGCAAUUUUUUUAUCAUCAUAUCAUCAUUAUCAAAUCAUCACUUCCAUCACUGUCAUAAUUUCAUUUUACCAACACUCAAGUCUCCUGAUCACAUUCAUAACCAUAAUCACUUCAUGGCAUAUGAAAAAUUUGUGCGACACAUUUGCUUCUGUAAAAUUGCUCAGUCUCAAUAAAUUGUACUUAAGAAAUUUGUGGUUCCAUAUUACAUCUCUGUGGGUCAUUAUAAUGUGCUUAUUAUAAUACAAUAUAUUAUUACACUUUAAAGUAUUGUUAAAACCACUGUUGAUACGUGAAUUUCGCAAGCCUACAUGGUGCGAUUUAUACUUGUAAUCUUAUAUGAGUUUCAUAAAUACAAUAAGUAUUCACUUAUACGCCUUUAAAGGUUGAUAUGUUAUUUAUGUCUGUAUUUAAUACAGAUAUGUAUCAUAAACAGAUGUGAAAUACAAGAGUGACAUUUUGGGACAUAAUUCUAUGCACAAAUAAACUAAAGUAAUAUAUGCAAACACUGGC